AUGACCUCUCGGCAGCGCAAGCGCGAGCGUCGAGAAGUCUAUUCCGUCACCAAGGCCACGCCAUCCUACCUCGGCUGGUCGGAGAACACCAUCUACUUCGGCCGCAAGGACAACCCCCACUACGUCCCGAACCCAGGACAGUAUCCACUCAUUGAAGUGCUCACCUUUGAGGUGGUAGGGUUCCGGGGAGCCUACGACGCCAUCCUUGGGCGUCCCUACUACACCAAGUUCAUGGCGAUCUCAAACUACACCUAUCUCAAGAUGAAGAUGCCGGGCCCGAAAGGUGUCGUCACCGUCGGCUCCUCGUUCGAGCAUGCCUAUGAGUGCGACGUCGAGUGCAUCGAGCACGCCGAGGCUCUAGCGCUCGACGAAGACCUCACCGCGCAGCUGCAAGGAAUGGCCGAGGAGGCCAUGGGCUCCAAGCAGCAGCACGCGGGCAACUUCGAGUCCGCCGAGGGUACCAAGGACGUCCCCCUUGACCCAAAGACCCCCGACGGCAAGGCGCUGAAGAUCAGCGCUACCCUCAACAGCAAAUAG